AUGAAGCCCAUAAAGAAGCAGGGCCGCCGCUCGCCGCCCUCCACCCGCGCCAAGGGGGGCAAGCGGCGGGUGGGCGGCGACGCCCCCGACGGCGGCGAGAAGCGAGACUCCGACGACAGCAGAGACGGGAGCCGCUCGCCGCCCAGCCGCACGCCGUCCAGCUCGCAGUCCGAGUCCUCCCAGCCGGACGCGGCGAGGGGAAGGGACGCCUCGGAGGGGGAGGGGCCAGCAGACGAGCGACCGGUAGACGAGCGACCGGGCCGGGCGCCACCGAGCGGCGGCGACAGCAGCAGCAGCAGCACGCCGAGCGCCAACAGCAGCCCCAACCCCGCCGCCAGCAGGAAGACCGCCACCUUCAAGGCCCGCGUCCCCAAGAAGAAGUACACCUCCGAGCACUGCUCGCCCGCCAACGCCGCGCCCUGCUGCACGCCGCCGCCCCCCGGACACCCGGCGGGGUCAGGGGUCGACGCCGGCGCCUCACAUUGUGACGGCGGCGCCCAGAGCCUGAUGGAGGUCCACGGCCGGGGGGGCCCCCGAGGCUCCCCGGGCCCCCCCACCCUGCUGCCCGGGGGGGCGGAGCCAGCUUCCCCCAGCCCGCUGCCCCGCUGCUCCUCCACCGACACCGCCAGCGAGCACUCGGCCGACCUGGAGGUGGUCGGCGAGCCGCACGGCGCCGCUCAGCCGCCCGAGCUGGCCGCCGCCGCCGGCCUCCCCGACGCCCUGUCCGACGCCCUCGCCAAAGGCCUGAAGAACCAGCGCGUGCUCGCCCGCCAGUUCCGGAGACGGGACGGCGGCGGCGGUGGCCAAGCGGCGGCGCCCGACCUGCUGUUCCGGGCCGGCGUGGUCCGCAGAGUGAGCGGCGAGUCGGGCAGCCUGGAGGUGCAGCUGAACGGCGAGAAGACGCUCUGCCGCUACCCCUACCGGCGCAGCCCGCCGGGCGUGGUGGACAUCGUCCUGGACGCGCCGCCGCCCGGCGUGCACGCCAUCCCCAUCGGGAGCCGGGUCUGCGUGCCGUUCGGCCGCCAGGACGGCGCCGAGGGCCAGUGGUACCGGGAGGGCCUGGUGACCCAGGUGGACUCGCACCCGGCCGUGGCCAACCGCUACCGGGUGCUGCUGUCCGAGCCGCACGCCGCCCAGGACGCCGCCCAAGACGCCGCCCAGGACGCCACCCAGGCCGUGUGGGUGUCCCGGCAGACGCUGCGGCUGCUGGUGCCGCCGUGGGACCUGGACCUGCCCUCGGGCGGCGGCGGCGGCGAGGAGGCGCGGGACCAGCAGGACAAGCGGGAGGAGAGGGAGGAGCUGGAGGUGGAGCAGGAGGUGUGCCGCCUGAGCCGGGGAAUGGCGCCGGCGCUGGCGAGGGGCGUGUCCUACGCGGGGAUGGUGCCCGUCUCGGCGGCGGUGGCCCACAGCGUGGCGUCCCCUGUCACGCCGGUGUCGGUGCUCAGCCUGGCGCCGGGCCGCGAGUGGGAGCGGGAGCUGAGGCAGCGGGACGCCGGCGGCGGCGUGCAGCAGCACCACCCCUACAUGCCGCUCACCCCCGAGGAGGACAUGGAGGUGUCCCACUUCAACAUGGUGCCCAUGGGCGCGCUCAUGCCCGGCGCCAAAAACAUGGCCGCCCCCCAGCACCGCCACAUCGUGUCCAAGCCGCCUACCGGCUACCUGAACUCCCACCUGUCCGUGGUGCGCGGCAUCGGCGUCCCGCCCGCCCACCUGGCGCUCAACCCCCACCCGCCGCCGUCGCCCGUCCUGCUGGGGAUGGACCCGGCCGGCGCCGUCAUCGGCACCCCGCAGCUCCCCCCCCUGCCUCCCACCUCCUCCCCCCGGGCAGAGAAGGCCUCCGGGGGGGCGGCGGCCGGUGGCGGGGGCGGCGGCGGCUCGGGCUCCUCCUCCCGCUCCCGCACGCCGCUCACGGCGGCCCAGCAGAAGUACAAGAAGGGCGACGUGGUCUGCACGCCGACCGGCAUCCGCAAGAAGUUCAACGGCAAGCAGUGGCGGCGGCUGUGCUCGCGGGAGGGCUGCUCCAAGGAGUCCCAGCGCCGCGGCUACUGCUCGCGCCACCUGUCCAUGCGCACUAAGGAGAUGGAGGCCGGCGGCGGGCGCGAGCGGGGCGGCGCCGGCAGCACCGGCACGCUGACGCCCUCCGACCUGCGGCUGGGCGGCGCCGGCGGGCGCGCCAGCUCCGAGUUCGACUGGGACGAGACGUCGCGGGAGAGCAGCGAGGCCAGCAGCCGCGGCGGCGACUCGCGGCCGCGGCUGGUGCUGCCGUCGCUGCUGCCGCAGGACCUCAGCCGCUUCGACUUCGACGAGUGCGAGGCGGCCACCAUGCUGGUGUCGCUGGGCGGCUCGCGCUCCGGCACGCCGUCCUUCUCGCCCAUCUCCAACCAGUCGCCCUUCUCGCCCACGCCCUCGCCCUCCCCUUCGCCGCUCUUCGGCUUCCGGCCCGCCAACUUCAGCCCCAUCACCGCCCCCCCCUCGCUCGCCCCCCGCCGCAGCCGCCAGCUCAGCGGGACCAAGAUGGGCACGCCGGGCGCCGCCGCCGACCGCGAGCGCCACCUGUCGGGCAUCGUGCCCUCCUUCCAGACCAACCUCACCUUCACCGUCCCCAUGAGCCCCAGCAAGAGGAAGCUGGACGGCCACCCGCCCCCCCCGCUGCCCGCCAUGCAGGACUACCCCCCCAAGGGCGAGCCGCCGCUGAUGGGGGUCGGCGGCGGGCUGGUGGGAGACCCCGCCCCCUUCAGGGUGUUGUCCCCGCAGAGCCAGCCGGCCACGCCCUCCUCGCUGUCCUUCCCCCGGCCCCGCAGCGCCACCAGCAGGCCGCCGUCCUCCGCCGCCUCCACGCCGCCCCCCAUGCUGGUGUCGCCCACGCCGCCCUCGCCGCUGCCCCAGGAGCCCUCCCCUCGCCGCAUCGUGCCGCUGCGCGACUCGCCGGUCAUCGUGCGGAACCCCGACGUGCCGCUGGCCAAGUUCUCCGACGGGCCGAUGGCGAGGAGGGAGAGGAGCCGGUCGCGGGAGCACAGCCAGCCGCCGCACGCCGGCCCCCCCGGCCUGCAGGCGCCCGUCCCCAUCAACGGCGCCGCCACCAACGGGGCGGUGCUGCUGCGAAGCCCCGCCCCCACCCUGGUGCUGGUCACGUCCAGCUCGUCUCUGACCCCGGCGCCGGCCGGCCACGCCUCCCUCUCCAGCCCCUCCACCCCGGGGUCAAUGGCGGCGCCCCCCGGCUCCAUCAUGGCCUCCUCUGGUUCUGGGGGCCGGGAGAGGAAGCCGGAGGGGCACCAGGACGCCUCUGGGGGGGCGCUGCCUCAGCCGGUGGCGUGCCACCCCACGCCGACAGCGCUGCUGCCGCUCAUCCUGCCGGCCGACUCGCCACACCCGGCGCCACGCAAGCAGAUCAUCAUGGGCCGCCCGGGAACCGUUUGGACCAACGUGGAGCCUCGGUCGGUGCCAGUGUUCCCUUGGCACUCGCUCGUCCCUUUCCUGGAGCCCAGCCAAUCAGGAGCGGCCGCCCAGCCUACUGACGGCCAGCAGCUCGUCAAUCAGGGCAAAGAGCCUCGCUGUGGCGUUGCCCUGCUGAGCGACGGCCAGACGGGCCCCCUGCACCAGGACAGGGGCUCGCCCUCCUGCCCUCCCCCAGCCAAUGACAAUCCUCCCUCAGACCGUGGUGGCGCCGACAGCGAGACGGAGAGCGACACAGACGACCCGUUUUCCCCCGGCGUGGCCAACGACCCGUCUCCCUCCACCGGACCCAUGAAGAGGCGCACACAGUCCCUCAGCGCCCUGCCCAAGGACAUGGACAGGAAGAGGGAAAAGGACCACAUCCGCCGGCCCAUGAACGCAUUCAUGAUCUUCAGUAAACGCCACCGGGCCCUGGUGCACCAGCGCCACCCCAACCAGGACAACCGCACAGUCAGCAAGAUCCUGGGGGAGUGGUGGUACGCCCUGGGGCCCAACGAGAAGCAGCAGUACCACGACCUGGCCUUUCAGGUGAAGGAGGCCCACUUCAGGGCCCACCCGGACUGGAAGUGGUGCAACAAGGACCGCAGGAAGUCCCUGUCCGAAGGCCGGGGGACCCCAAAGGAGCUGCGGGAGAGGAGCAUGUCUGAGAGCAUCGAUGCCCUGUCGGAGUCCCCGGCGGCGCAGGACGGGAAGGGAGGAGGCCCCGCAUGGCCAGAGGGGCCCGAGGGGCCCGAGCGUCGGGUGGGGCCGACCGGGGGGCCUCAGCCCCGCCCCCGAGCGUUCUCCCAAAGUGCUGUGCACACCCUGGAAAAGAGGGAAAGAGAGCUGGAGAAGGACGAUGGAGCGGGUUUGUUUCGCAGCCGACCGCCGCUCCAGUCGCUGUACCAAGGCGGCGCCAGCGAGGACGUGACGAGCGAUGAAGAGCGCAUGGUCAUCUGCGAGGAAGAGGGCGACGAUGAUGUCAUGGAGGACUCAUGCCAAGAAGGCUCCAUUGACCUCAAGUGUAAAGAGAGAGUCACGGACAGUGACGAGGAUGAGCCGGAUGGACAGCAGGGCUUCCAGCCGGUGGCUCGCUCCUCUUUCCCCUCCUCUUCCUCUCCCUCCACCCCUCAUUCCGACUCCAGCUCGCAUAAAGGGAUCACAGAAGGAGGAGUAGCUGCAGAGGACAGUGCUGACAGGAGGAGAAACAGAGGAGGGGGUGGAGGAGAGGAGGGCGGCCAGGGAGGGCCCAGGCUAGAGGAGCCGGCAGGAGGAGGGGAAGGAGGAGGCGGGCAGAGCGCCCCCCAGCCUGCCGGGGCCCAGCCGGCCUUCACCCAGCUCCUCGGGGGGGUCCGCAUUGCCCCCACAGUGGUGACCAACGUGGUCCGACCCGUGGCCAGCACGCCCAUCCCCAUCGCCAGCAAGCAGGCGGAGGCCGCCGGCGUCCUCGGCCCGGUGGCGCCGGACAGCAAAGCCGGCCUCCUGAUGGGAGGAGGCGGCGCCCAGCAGCUGCCGCUCAGCGCAGGGGUCCAAACCCCGUCGCCGGCCUUGCAGAGCAAUGUGUUGGUUCCCAUGGCAACGGUGAGGGCGGGGUCCACUCCUCCUCAGCCCUCCAUCUCCCUGGUGGCUCCGCCUCUUCCUGUGCAGAACGGCCCGGCCGCUGCAAACAAGAUCAUCCAGAUCGGCACGGUUCCCCUGAUGCAGACCAGCGUCCACUCUGUGGCGACUGUGAUGGCUCCCUGUGCGGCACCCCCCCAGACGGUGCUCCUCACCCCCCAGCCCACCAGGAUCACCUACGUCCAGUCGGGUCCGGAGGUGACGUCGGCGGCGCCCCAGACGGGCUCGCAGCCUCCCGGCUCCUACCUGCCUUCUCCUCUGGCGGCCCUGGGCUUCGCCGCCAUCUCCCCGGCUGGGCAGGCGCUGGUCCAGCCCAUCGUCGGCCAGCAGCCCCUUCUGGCUCCGGCGCCGCCCCUCAGCUGCCAGUCUCAGAUGCCGCCGGGCCAGCCGGCCGCCGCCAGUCGCCAGGUGCUAACCGCCAUCUACCCCGCCCCCACCGUGGCCCUGGCCGCCAGCGUGGUCCCAGUGGCCGCCGUGUCGCCCCUGGUGGUCAACCCUCCCCCCUCGCAGGCCACAGAGCAGCAGGGGGCAGCGAGCUCUCAGGCCGGAGCCGGAGCGGAGGUGCAGGUGAAGCAGGAGAGCCAGCAGGAGGCUGAAAGCGACGAUGGAGCCGCAGCGCCGGCCGCCUCCUCGAUGGACAGCUGCCCAGCGGGCGGGGGAGCAGUGAUAAAAGAGGAAAACAUCAGCGUGAGCAUCAAAGAGGAAAACAUGAACGAUGGAUCUGGAAAAGAGAGACAAAGUGAGACGGACGACGAGAGAGAAAGAGCGACAAAAGAGAGCAGCGAAAAGAAGAGAGCUGUCGAGGCUGGUCCUCAUUCCCCACCUCCACCCACCUCAGGUUUGGACCCACUUCCUCCUCCACCAGCAGAAAGAGAGGCCCCCUCUUCCUCCAAGAAGAAUAAGGUCUUGUCUGGGAUGUGCUUUGAGGAGCGUUUCGCAGAGCUUCCAGAGUUUAACCCGGAGGAGGUGCUGCCCUCGCCCACGCUGCAGAGCCUGGCCACCUCCCCCAGAGUCAUCCUGGGCAGCUACCGCAAGAAGAGACGCAACUCCACAGACCUGGACGCGGCGGCAGAGGAUCCCAUCUCCCCUCGGAGGAAGACCCGGCGCCUGUCCAGCUGCAGCUCCGAGCCAAACACCCCCAAGAGCGCUGCCAAGUGCGAGGGGGAGGUCUUCACCUUUGAGCGGACGGGUAAGCCAGGCGGAGGGGCGCCACCGGCCGCCGCCGAGGCACACCGGGCCGUUCUCAUAGAGCUUCCUGUCCCCCCAGGCUCCGAGGGCGAGGUCCCCCCCGGGGACCCGGACAGGGUUCCCUACUCGUCUUUGCGCAGAACACUGGACCAGCGCCGGGCCCUGGUCAUGCAGCUGUUCCAUGAGCACGGCUUCUUCCCCACAGCUCAGGCCACAGCUGCCUUCCAGGCUCGCUACUCGGACACGUUCCCCACCAAGCUGUGCCUGCAGCUGAAGAUCCGCGAGGUCCGUCAGAAGAUCAUGCAGACGGCCACGCCAGGAACCCUGGAAGCUGGGGGCCCCGCCGAGGCCGGCCCCGCCCCCCCCCACAGCUCCUCCUUCAAUCAAUCAGCACGGGAGGACGACGGGGGGGUGGAGCCGCCCGCAGACAAAGGCCAGAGCCCAGAGGAGCCCAAAAGUGAGGGGUCGUAG